CGGCACAAUUAAGUUUCUAUACGUUUCCACAAGAUACCAAUUCAAUCUUUGUGCAAUACAAUUUGGAUUAUGAUGUUAUUUGAACAAUUUGAACUUCAGACCAAAUCUCAAGACAUAUAAGGUUGAAGUAAAAAUGAGAGAUGCAUUUCGGAUCAUAAAGUCGUUCCCGAGCUUGCCACGUUUGGUUGUGGUAGAUCUUGAUUACACUUUGUGGCCUUUUUACUGUCAUAGCCGAUCUGAACAUGAUUAUGCCGAAUUGUAUCCUCAAGCAAGAGAGAUCUUACUCGCUCUACAUGAAAUGGGAAUUGGUGUUGCUAUUGCCUCAAGAACACCCACUCCAAACAUAGCUCGUGCCUUUUUACUUAAGCUAGGUUUAGGAUCAAUAUUUAUUGCCAAGGAAAUGUUUCCAAGUAGGUCACCAAAAACAGAACAUUUUGAAAGGAUCCACAGAAGAACAAUGGUGCCUUAUAAUCAAAUGUUAUUUUUCGACGAUGAGAAAAGGAACAUUGAUGCGGCAUCUCAAAUGGGCGUGACUGGCAUUUUGGUGAACAAUGGCAUAAAUUUUAAAGCUCUAUAUGAAGGACUCUUAGCAUUCAAUCAACGCAAUGUUCCACGUCCACGACAUGCAUUUAUGAUGCCCCAUCACCAUCAUGUUCCGCAUCCACAACAUGCAUCAAUCAUACCUCAUCACUAUCCUACUCGAAUUGUGCGUGUCCCUCAACCUCAGGUUCAUGGGUGUUGCAAUGUCCCGCAUAUUGCUCAACCUCGCCCGCAAGGAGGUUGCAAUAUUCCAUGCAUGCAUUUUGAAAUGAUGUCAUUAUGUGGUUAUCAUCACCAUAAUCAUCAUCACCACCAUAACAAUCGACAUAGGCACAUUUAAACCCUUAUGCCUAAAUACCUAAUAUUAACUAUAUUAUCAUGCUUGCUUCUAAUUUUUUUUCAUACGUAUGAUUAAGAUAAUGUUAGAAACAGAGAUCUUGUUUUUAUGAUUUAAUUCGUUCUUCCCUUCUGCACGAUAAAUAGAGCGGGUUUGCUUAUUACUUGAA